AUGUAUAGGAAAACCACAUUCCUGAUCAUCAUCGUACGGAUCCUUGUGACAUUGACAGUGAAAGAGAUACUGUUUCUGGUGGAGAUACUGAUGGAAAUGGGUCAGGCUAGUAACUUUACACUCAUUAAACAUGUACUGAUUAUACUGACGACCUUCGGCACGAUGGCAAACUGCUCGAAGAUUCUAGUGCUCGUUCCCUUUCCGGCGCACAGUCAUUGGCUGUGGCUGGAGCAUUUCGUCCUGGAGCUGCUAGACCGAGGCCACCAAGUAACGGCUGUUACCAACUUUGCCGCCACCGAGCCACAUCCUAACUAUACCGAGGUAGUAAUAGAUCCGCCAUUCGAUAUUCCAUACUAUUUUCCCGUGUCGGAUAUGUUCGAAGCGAAGUACAGCAGUGAUGUUUCCAAUUUGUUUUUAUACUGGAACGUCGGCAUUUCUACGACAAAAUAUGCGCUGAGGAACCCCGAUGUUCAGCAUUUCAUCGAGCAGGACGAUAGCAGCUUCGAUCUGGUGAUAUCGGAACAGUUUUAUCAGGAGGCUUUCCUGAUGUUUGCACACAAGUACCGAGCGCCGAUUGUGACAAUAGGGACAUUGGGUUACUCGGAUUUUAUGGAUCGAGCAAUGGGACUGCUGACACCGUGGUCCUUCGUUCCACAUCCUAUUCUAAUGUAUAAGGAUGAUAUGAGUUUCAGUCAGCGAUGCUACAAUUUUCUGAUAUCGGCGACGGAUGCUUUUUUACGGAAAUACUACUAUUUGCCUCGACAGGAUAAAUUGGCGAAAAAAUACUUUUCUUCGAUUGAAGGGCCGGAAUCGUUCCCAUCGGUGGAGGAGCUGGAAAAAUCCAUCUCGGUGAUGUUGAUAAACAGUCACAUCUCUACGACGCCGCCUCGUGCCUCCAUAACGGGGCUGGUGAACGUGGCUGGAGCCCACAUCAAACCGGCGAAAGUACUGCCGAAGGAUAUUCAACGAUUUCUGAACGGUGCCACCGAGGGGGCAAUAUUUUUUAGCCUCGGGUCGUACGUCAAGAGCACCGAUAUGCCGAAAGACAAGCUGAAGGCAUUUUUCGAGGUGUUUCGGAAUAUCAAGCAUAAAGUGUUGUGGAAAUUUGAGGAUGAAACGAUGAGUAAUGUUCCGAAAAAUGUCAUGGUUAGAAAGUGGUUGCCACAGAGCGAUAUCCUGGCCCAUCCCAAUGUAGUUCUAUUCAUCACUCAUGGCGGAAUGUUUGGCACACAGGAGGGACUUUAUCGUGGAGUUCCUAUGCUGUUCAUCCCGUUCUAUGGCGAUCAGCAUCAAAACGCACUCAAAGCAGAGCGCUCAGGUUAUGCUUUGUCGUUGAAUUUCGCUGAUGUUAACGUAAUAACGCUGGGUUCCAGAAUCAAUGAGUUACUCACCGAUCCUACCUACAAAAGACUGGCGAAAAAAGCCUCUCAACUAUUUCGCGAUAAUUUAGUUCCGCCAAUGGACGAAGCCAUGUACUGGAUUGAGUAUGUAAUACGUCACAAAGGAGCCAAACAUCUGAAGUCGAUAUCCGUCGAUCUGAAUUGGGUACAGUACCACAUGUUGGACGUGGUAACCUUUUUCACACUAAUGGUAACUUUAACGUUAACAGUCAGCUAUAGAAUCCUGAUGGCACUUUAUAGGGACUUCAUAAAACAAAAAUCGAAGGAAACCAAGAAAAUCGUGACACCGUCUAAAGUUCGAGGCCAUACGAAGUUUAAAGAAAAUUAG